AUGAAGCGUGAGAAGUACUUUGUGGUUCUGCUGCUUUUUAUCAUCCCACAGAUUUUAGUGUUUAUAAAUCUAAUCCAGGUGAAAGAUGAUGGAAUUGAUCAGCAGAUAUUCGGGGAAUCUAAGCAAUCGACAGUGUUUCAAGAUGAAUUUGAGGAAUCGGAGGUUGUGAUGUUCCAGAAGAGGUUCAUCCAUGAUGAGGACGCAAGUAGGAGGAAUCGUAAGCGAAGUGUUGUUGGGGGUUUGUUUGGCCUCGAGAUGAGGAGCAACACCAGAGCAGUCGUAAACCCAAGGAAUCGAAAAGUUGAAUCCAUCUGGGCUUCAAGGCUGAAGAAUAUGACGCAUUCUCUGUUCUACGAUGAGAUGGGACCACCCAGUGACAGUGUAUGUCAGUUGCCUAAUCUAACGGCUCCUAGUCCGAUGUGUAGAGAUGGUAUAGGAUGGGAGUGUAAUAUGGUUCCUUCAUUCUCUACGUAUAACUCUUCAACAAGGAAUAUCACUGUUAACUGCAAGGGCCGUUUCCGCGUCAACCAAAUUGAUCGCUUAGAGUCAGAGUACACUAUUACUAGAGGUAGCUACAGAAGACCCGCAGUAUGGAAAUACUACGAAGGACCUACAGAGAUCCCAAUGGAAACAGAAUAUGCUGAUAUUGUUUGCAAAAACAAAAAGUCAAGAAACCUUCACAACUACCACACCCAGUUCUUAUCAAAGCCUGCCACCGAUCAAGAACAAGAACAGCGUCUCCUCGAGGUCAAAAGCCGAGAGCCAGUUUGGGAACCACUCUCUAUUCUCACUAUUGCUUUGGAUUCUACAUCAAGGGCACAGGCUCAUCGAAGCUGUGGCCUUCCCAAAACCAUGGCAGUACUCAAGAGGUUCUACAAUGGUUAUUUUGAUGAGAACUCGAUCCCAGGUCAUGAUUCUCUCUCACAUCAAUCAUUCUUCUUCAAUCGGUUUAACUCAAUCAGCAGUUCAACAGCACUUAACCUCACACCACUAUUCUCUGGAGAACUCUAUGAAGGACUGGACUUAGAGAAAUUGACUAAAGGAAUAUAUGCUAAAGAUGUGAAAGAGUGGAUAUGGAAGUAUGCGUCAGAUCGUGGUUAUAUAACCAGCUAUGGAAUUGAUAAUAACAGUGGAAUGAUGGGCACACGAACUCAUUGUAAGGAUUGUCACUACAGACCUCCAGUUCUUGCUCAUGUUGAGCAUGGAUGGCAGAAACGAGAGAAUGAGGAGGUGAGACCCAAUAUCCUGUCUGGUUUGUGUGAUGGAAACCACAUGUUACAUGAAUAUAUUCUCAACUACACCAGAGAUUUCCUGAGACACCCCCAUCAGGCUAAAUGGGCCGCUCUGGACUUGAACGCAGCUCACAGGAGUGAGACAGAAUCAGGCAAUCAAGUUGACACUGAACUGGCCUCCUUCCUGGAGGUAGUUUUGCAAGAAAACAAGAACCUUGUAGUGUUUGUUUUAGGAGACCACGGUAAACCUCUACAUAAAGAUCCUUCACAUCUUGCAAGUUACUACGAGACUUUGCUGCCAUUUUUAUCUGUCAUCAUGCCAACGUGGUUACUGCGAGAACAACCUCAAGUUAUGGCAAACCUUAUAAGUAAUCAACAACGAUACCUUGUACAAGCCGAUCUACAUUUAAGCAUGAAGUCUCUCCUUCAUUAUCCCUACAUGGAGAGAGUAGACGGCGUCAUUGCCUCUAAAGCUGUCAACAUUUUCACCAAGGAAAUUCCCAGCCACCGGUCAUGUGAACAAGCUAACAUUCCUGCCUGGACCUGUGUAUGUGGCUUUAUGCAGAAACUACCCGAGACUGACUGGACACCGAGACACACCAGUAUGGUCCAGUACACACUGGAUUACAUUAAUAAGAUGCAUAGCCCAGAGAUGCUUGCCUCUAAGACCAGCAGUAUAACCGAGGAGUCAUCUUGUAUUGAUCUGCACUUCAGGAGAAUCUUAAGUGUUGUUGUUAACGAGAACAAAGAAGAAUCCCUAAACUCAGCGAGACGUUAUGUUCAUCAUUUGUCAUUUCAAACUAUUGAAGAAGACACUGUGUGGUCUGUCAUUAUGGGUAAUCAAAUGGACAUUAAACAGGUGAAACAAAUCACCCUGUAUCAACCUUACGAUGUCUGCUGGGACAGACGAGUUCCUCUACAAUUCUGUGUGUGUAUCAAACCUUCACAACAAACUCCAACAAUAUUACAUCAACCGCCUGUCAGGUGAACUAAGCGACCAGAAAGCUAGAAAGAGUAUAACAUCAACUAGGCCAAAGAUGGACUCAACCAGAGAGUUAUAACACCAACCGGCCAUCGGGUGGACUCGACAACCAGAGAGCUAGAAAUGGUAUUACAUCAACCUCCAGUCAGCGAACAGCUAGAAACAGCUAGAAACGGUUAUUACACCAACCGGUGAACUCAACAACCAUAGCUAGA